AUGGCCAGGAUGGAAGCUAUGCUUGCAAUCCUUGACAAGAAAUUUGAAGACAUAAAGAAAUUCAAGGAACAAGUGAGAGGGAGUAUAAAAAUCCAAGGAGAGGUUAUUAAGAAUCUCGAAUCUCAUGUAGGACAUCUUUCACAGCAGAUUCUGAAGUUCACUGAUAGUUUUCCAAGUGACACUGAGAAAAAUCUGAGAGGGAAAAUGAAAAAGGUGAGAUGGGAAGAGUGUAAGGCAGUUACUCUUGCAAAUGAAGAAAUUCUGGAAGAAGAUACUAGUAAGCCAAUAGAACACAGCCAAGGAAGUUCCCAGAGUAAAUUGGAGAAAAAGGAACAAGAAACGGGAUGUGUACAAAGGAAAGAAUCAACCAGGGGGGAAAUUCCGAAACCAUAUAUGCCAAUGGCACCAUUUCCUCAAAGACUCAUGGGAGGUGAGAAAGAAAAGUCAUAUUCAAGAUUCCUAGAUCUGUUUGCAUCUCUCAGCGUCAAUAUUCCCUUUAUCAAAACUCUCCAACAGAUGCCCACCCUACAUCAAAUGCAUGAAAGAGCUGCUGAACAAGAAAAGAACCUUAAAAAGGGGACAACCAGUGACAAUGAACAAGGAAUGUAG